AUGUCUUCUCGACCGUUGCGCAUCGCCGUCGAAGGCUGCGGCCAUGGCACCCUCCAUGCCAUCUACGCCUCAAUCGCCGAGUCCUGCAAAAGAAAAGGUUGGUCGCCAUCCUCCAUCGACCUGGUGAUCAUUGGCGGAGACUUCCAGGCCGUGCGCAACGCGUCGGACCUGCAUUGUGUCAGCAUGCCCGAGAAAUACCGGGAGAUGCACGAUUUCCACGAGUAUUACUCCGGCGCGCGGGUGGCACCCUACCUGACGAUCUUCGUGGGCGGAAACCACGAGGCGAGUAAUUACUUGCAGGAAUUGUACUUCGGAGGAUGGGUCGCGCCGAGGAUGUAUUACAUGGGUGCGGCAAACGUACUACGUUUGACGCGUCCGACUGCGGAGGGAGACGGUGCGGAGAAGACGACGGUGUUGAGGAUUGCGGGGAUGAGUGGGAUCUGGAAGGGCUUCGAUUAUCGGAAACCGCAUGUUGAGCGAAUGCCUUAUUCCGAGUCGGAUCUACGAAGUGUGUAUCAUGUGCGAGAGAUGGAUGUGAGGAAAUUGCUGCAGGUGAACACGCAGGUCGACGUGGGCAUCAGUCAUGACUGGCCACAGGGGGUGGAAUGGCUCGGCAAUGUCGAGCGAUUGUUUACCGAGAAGCCAUUCUUCAGGCAGGAUGCGCAGGACGGCAGACUCGGGAGCGUCGCGGCCAAGGAAGUUUUGGAGUUCCUGCGGCCGAGAUACUGGUUCAGUGCGCAUUUGCAUGUCAAAUAUGCGGCGCUGGUACACCAUGGCGAGCAAGACCGAGACACGCCAAACAAAGGCGCCUUUUCACAGAGAGGGAACUCAGCAUCACGAGUGGGACAGAUCCCUCGAAACGACGACGAAAUUGACCUCGAUAUCGAAGACGCACUAAGCAAUACCGCGCCAGAUGGCACUUCGGAGUCAAAUCGGCUCUCUGCACCACAAGUGCAACAGAUCUCUCGCAAUGACGAUGAAAUCGACUUGGACAUGGAAGACGAGGGUACGACGCCAUCCGUACAACCACAAGCGUCAGUAGCGAAAACGGACAACAUCAACACAUCAAGCAAUGCCGCGCCAGAUGUCAAUUCAAAGUCAAAAUCGCUCUCCGCACGUGACGCUCUUCCUGCAGCCUUCCGGCGGGUCCCAGUUUCGAGACCUGUCCCGCCAAUCACACAACCUCCCGCAAUCACGAACAAGACGACGCACUUCCUCAGCCUCGACAAAUGUCUCAGAGAUCGCGACUUUCUUCAGCUCCUCGAGAUCGAUCCCAAAUGUGCCUCAUCAGGCGACGAGCUCUCUCGCCCUCCUGUGAUCUUAUCUUACGAUCGCGAGUGGCUCGCCAUCACCCGCGCCUUCGCUCUGGCCGAACCUCCUGUUUUCGGCACCCCUAGUCCACCCUCGCGAGCGCUUCCCGUACCCGGCGCGAAACCGCGCGAAGAGUAUAGAAGGCUGAUCGGUGAAGCAAUCGACUGGGUUGACGCGAAUGUAACCAACUUGGAGAUUCCCGAAAACUUCACGGCCGUCGCUCCCGUGUACGAUGGCGGCGAUUUCCGCGCGCCCAAGGAGUACCCCAACCCUCAGACGGCGGCGUUUUGUCGAAUGCUGGAUUUCUCGAAUCCAUUGGAGAUGCCGGACGAGGAGGCAAUGGAGCGCAUGCGGGAGGGACCUCGCCUGGAUGGUAGCCAACAUCGAGCCCCAGGAGGGCCAGGAGGAAGGAGAGGAGGAGGAGGUGGCCGCGGACGCGGACGCGGACGUGGACGCCGCUGGUGA